UGAACUAUGAUUGGGCUCAGCUCACAACUCAAGGAGACACUACCAAAAGAUUGCUGGGGGAGGACGUUACUGGGGGUCGGACCCUGGAAAGGACGGUGCCCUUCGACGCAUCGCUCCGGGCACCUACAGGGGAAAUUACCGAUACAAAAGCCCAGGAAGGAGGAGACGACACAUGCUAG